UGUCCGCACGCACGCGUAUAACGGAACGCGCCCGCGCAUUCGAAAUUCGAAUAAAUUUUUUGUUCUGUGCACUUUCGUUUUUGACAUUUAUAUUUUUUUUCGUGUCAUCCGAGGACAAAGGACAUUGAGGUGGAUAUACAGUGACAUAGUGUAAAGUGUUAGUGCAAUGUUCUUUUUAUUAUGAAAACAAAGACGAAGUUAACCACGGUUUAGUAGAUAUGUGCUAGAUAUGGCUCUGACAAACUUCAGCUUAGAUCUCGGAGCGGCGGCUCCUGUGGUUGCGGCGACCACGUCCACUCCUCUACGAGUUGACCUUGACGACCUUCUGUACUCACCAGAGGAACACCAGGCCGAGUACGCACCCAGCUACUCCGGCAAUGAACCCUUCGAGCCUCCCCAAGGUCAAGCGCGAAGGCCGAAGGUCAGAAAACGAGCCGGGCCCACCUACCUCCCCCCACCGAAUCAGUACACCCAGUACCCCAGACAGGACGUCCCCCGGAACCCCUUCAAUAGUCAAUUACACACACAGGUAUACCAGAACACAAGACUCGAUAUCACGCUAGGCAACCAGAGGGUGCAAGAAAUAAAUUCACACUACGACAACGCGGGCCAAUACGUCCACGAUCCAGCCGGGGACUACGAUUACGGGCAGAGGAAUAAAAAGGGUCCCCCAACGCUUAACCCGGGGUACGCGGAGCCCUACCCGCCAGCCACGACACCCGGCCCAACAUCUAGUCGAAAAUUUGAUAACCCAAACCAAAAUUUUAAUUACAAUUAUAACCCUAUCGCACCACCGACUUCGACGCCUAGUCCGAAGCCGGCUAACCCUCAGACGCCGCCGGAUAGACCGCGAGGGUUCACGAAGGUGGAAGCGAACAGUCCUGGCGGGAAGACACAGCUACACGCCAUCUUAGAUUAUGAUGAUGAUUACUACGAAGACGACAAUGAAUCAGAUUCCGGAGGGCCAGCAGUUACUCCACUACAAGGCCCAAUAUUCGUGAGGAACGGUUCGGUGCCUGUGGUGCCGUUAACAUCCUACCCUACAGUCAACAAUGGAUCAUUUUACCAAAUACCUAUUUUAUGGACUGCAUUGUCCCUGGCUCUAGGCUACGAGCUCCAAGGACAGAUCAUCAGAGGUGUACCGUGUGUGAAAAGAAAUUUUCAGCUCUACUGUCCGACUGCCGGGAAUACCUAUCCGCUGGACAAGAUAGAGAACUUUAUAGACGAGAACAAGGCGCUGAUCAAGCGGAUGUACGGGUCGUUCACGACGCCGGGCGGCAGUCGCGUGCGCAGGGCUCCAGGAGUGCCGGACCUGCACACCGGCGACUCCUUCUUCCGGCACGUGAGGCAGGCACGACAGGCUUCGAAGUCAUUGCCUGAUGCGCAGUCCGUCAAUAACACUGGACGGAUUGAUUCCUGCGAGAGCAAGACGGAAAUAAUGACGCCGUACUGGGCCCUUAACUCUGCGAGAAAGUUGCGAGCCAUCGUCAACACCAUGCACUUUGAACAAGCCAUACAUCAAGAGGUCUGCAGCAAAGAGUCAACAUCGCGGUGCUCCGGGGACUGCGGGUGCGAGCAGAAGUACAAAUGGCAUAGACUCCUGGCGUACGAUCCCAACGAUGACUGCGCCGGCAUCUUCAUGGACUGGUUCCUCUUCCCCUCAUGCUGCGUCUGUCGAUGUAAACCUUAGCUUGAACAGGCAAUAUUGAGGCAAUUGCCAAGUAGAAUGGAACAACAAGCAAGAUUUUUGUAAACAAUAAAUAUUGCUAAUAAGGAUAGAUUUGGCAUUUCAUUUGCAGGGGGCAGACCCGUCAUAUAAAACGCUGCCUAAUGGCCUCGUGGUUUCUAAAACUGUUAUUACGAACUUUCACCUGCCACCAGGCGGAGCUUUUUCGUGUCAAACAUUUGUCAAAUGCCACGAACACAUAUUGAAGACGUGUAGAAGUACCUUAAUAUAAGAACAGUCAAGAAACGAGACGCAACAUAAUAUAAAUUAUAAUUGUUUACUACCUCGCUCCGCUACAUUCUUGCAAUGGAAUCUUGAGAAGCUAGAGCUGAACUAGAGUAUCUUUAGCUAGAAGGCUAAAAACUAAAAAGAUAUAACUAUUAAAUUGAGUUUCGCCGUAAAUGUUGCUCUAACUUCUUACCCAUUAUCUUUAUAAGAACUAGUUUCUGAAUCUUAUAAUAUUAUAUGUAAUGAUAUUGGGUGUAAGCUUUACUAAAUAAAAUGUACAGUUUUUUAUCCUGUAGCUAUCUAUCCCAUAUCGAUCGCAGUAUCUGCGAUAUGGGCGGAAAAACUAGAUACCUACUGUAAAAAAUCUUAUUGACCCUAAACUUAAAUAAUAUUUGGUUGUUACCUAAAUAUUUUUAGGGAAACACUAAACGAGGAAAUAAGGUGAUUUAUAAAAACAGGUACAUCGAAGAUAAAUCAUGUUUAUUAUUUUUUAUCAAUUUAUUAUGCAAAACUAAGGACAAAAAAGUGGACAAAAUUUCUUUGACUAU